CCAACUGUGGUGCGUGAGAAGAGUGAGAAGGAUCACUCGCUGAUGAAGUUGUGCGAGCCCGGGCCGUCGAUAAGGGUUUUGGGCGGGGCUCAGUCUGAGAUGAAUUGUUGACGAAUGGUCGCUACCUGGACUGAACCGCGUAGACCUACCAGUGGAAACCCUUUCACUAGAAUGGUGAGUCCCGUCGUUAUUGUUGAUAGGUGUCGACUCUUGUGUUUGUUGAAGGGAAUCCCCAGCGUGAACCUGCUCUCCCAUAGACGGAGGUCGGCCAAAAGUUCGAGAUGAAGUCUCUCCAGGUGUAUCAACUAUAUCCAAACGUUCCACAAAACCGUCAGCAGAAGCAUGCAUUCGAGGCGAC